CAAAUUAUUAAUAUUCACUAUGAUAAUGAAUUUUUUUAAUCUCAACUUACAUAAUCGCAUAUAACAAAACCUUUGUCCCAUCCAUUCCUUGGUCUUUCAGCUACAUCCCCUCCAAAAAAACAUAGUCCCUUCUUCUUCUUCUUGUACCAUGAGAUCAAUGUCUGUAACUAGCUCUUUUUGCCCCCAAAUUUCAGUUAAAAAUUUCACCCCAGUUGUAAAGCAUGCCAACAAGCUUGUGAUGCUUGAAUACAAACAAGUUUCCGGAAAGAAGGCAACCAAAUUUCAGAUCAAAUCUUCCUUCAAAAACAAGGUUUUCGAGGAUCGGUCUGAAGGGAUAGUCUGUUACAGGGAUGAAAGUGGGGAGAUUGUUUGUGAAGGAUAUGAUGAGGGUCCUCGUUUCCAUAAUCAGAUUUCAAGACCUUCAUAUCAUCCGAGGGAUGCUGAGAUCUUUGAUCUUCUCCAACAGAGAUGGCUUCAGAUUGUAAAUGGAGAUGAACUCAACAGCGCUGGUAAAGGUGUAAUUGCUGACUCCAAGUGGAAUGGCUUCAAUAAGUUCUUGUAAAGGAAGCCUGGAUCCUGUCAGAAUUUUAUAAAAUUUCCCUCAAAAUAAUUGUUCUGCAGCCUGUGAAAAAUUGAAAGAAGGAACCGUUGUUUCAAUUAUUAACAGAUUGUGUAUGGUAAGCAGAUUUUGCGUAAAAGCACUUUCUUUUUCGCAAUCUGGAAGAUCAACUAUUCAGCUUCUUCUUCAGUAACUGAGAUUGAAUCAACUACUACUUUUCUGACUGUUGCAAGAUGUGCAUUGCCUUGUUUUCUUCACCUAGGUAAUAAUGUUAACAUGAUCGUGAAACAGGUGAUUUUUCUUGAAUCCCCCAAUUGGCGUCAGAUACUAUUGACAGCUACACCAAAAAAUUAUCGAGGUUUGUUGUUGAGUAACUUUGUUAACUCUUAUUAAUGGCUCUAUGCAGUCCUAUUAUGUGGUGUAUAGAUAUGCGCAAGUAAAUAAUGAACAUGGUGAACAUCGAUCCUUUUUCUGUUGUUAUCCUAGCAAAUCCGUUGUUCAUGGUUCUUAAGCUAAUGCCUACGGAGCUCAUAAUAGAGUCAAUAUGGUCCU